CUUUAUGACAAAAAAAGGAAAUAUCUUAAAAGUGGAAGAAAUAAAUAAAUAUAUUAAAAAAGAAAAAAAAAAGAGAGAGAGGACGCUCGCUCGUGGAUCUAUUUGAAUCACUCGAAGGUGCACAGAGACAAAAACCCUUUUUUUCCUCUCCUCCUCCUUCUCCUUCUCCUUUGCUUGGCGGCUGCGGCCAAUCUCACCCCUCUUCUCCUAAAUCCCUUAAACCCUAGAUUCAAUCUAGGUUUCUAUCUAUCUAUCUAUCCUCUCCCGUAUCCCUUAUCCGAGAAGGAUCUAUCAAUCUUCCUAGCCGAAUCUCUCACCAUGGCUACCGUUGCUCAAACUGCUGAUCAAUCUGCGGAUAUGUUGCAGAAGCUUACAUUGGAUUCACAACCCAAAGGUUCAGAGAUUCCUGAGCCUAAGAAGGCUGCUGUUUACCAGUAUGGAGGAGUGGAUAUGCACGGUCAAGUUCCUUCCUAUGACAGAUCUUUGACGCCAUUGCUUCCCAGUGAUGCUGCGGAUCCUUCGGUUUGCUAUGUUCCAAAUGCUUACCAGCAGCCCUUUUAUUAUGGAUAUGGAGCGAGUGGUCAAGAUUGGAGCGAGUUCACUGGAUACAACCCUAAUCUCGAGGGUGUGGACAUGAGUGCUGGAGUUUAUGGAGAGAAUGGAUCUCUUGUGUAUCCUGGAUACGGGUAUGCUGCUUAUCCUUACUCGCCAGCGACUAGCCCUGCUCCACAGGUUGGCGGAGAUGGGCAGUUGUACGGUGCUCAGCAUUACCAGUACCCUGCCUUUUUCCCUGCUGGACCUGUUGCUACCCCUGCCCAGGGAGAUCUCACUGCAAACAAAGCUGGUGGCGUGAAGACGCUACCUGCAGAGAGCAAGAAUGUUGCAUCUGCUGCUGGUAUUGCAAAAGGAGCUCCGGGGAAACCAAAUAGCCAGACCACCCUUAACACCGCGAGCAAUUUCUAUGGUAAUGGUGGUCCCGGAAGCGGUUUUGCUGCUGGUUAUCAGGAUCCUAGAUACAGCUAUGAUGCGUAUUAUGGUAAUGUGUCGUCUUACGACGCCUCUAAGUAUUCAGAUGUGCAGAGACCUGUUUCUGGUAGCGGAGUUGCGUCCUCCUAUUCGAAGGCAACCAGUGUGCCUUCAUCGAGGAAUCAAAACUACCGCUCAAAUUCCCAUUACACGGGUGUGCACCAGGCUGCAUCAAUGGCAGGCUACAGUACAACUCAGGGAUUGUACAACAGGAUGUAUCCAAACAAGUUAUAUAGCAACAACUAUGGUAGCUCGGGGAGAUAUGGCUCUUCCGGGUAUGAUUCAAGAACAAAUGGAAGAGCAUGGGUAAACACAACAGACAACAGAUACAGAAGCUGGGGAAGGGGUAACAACGGUUACUUCUAUGGAAAUGAGAACAACGGAGAUGGUUUGAAUGAACUCAACAGGGGACCUAGAGCAAAGGGCACAAAGAACCAGAAGGAUAAUUCAGAAGAUAGCUUAGAGGUUAAGGAGCAGACUGGUGCCUCAGAUGUAGCUGAGACUGUGGAGACGGAGAACACCUGUAUUGUUCCUGACAGAGAACAGUACAACAAAGAAGAUUUCCCAGUGGAUUAUGAGAAUGCUAUGUUCUUUGUCAUCAAGUCCUACAGUGAAGAUGAUGUGCACAAGAGCAUCAAGUACAAUGUUUGGGCUAGCACACCAAAUGGAAACAAGAAGCUUGCUGCUGCAUACGAGGAAGCUCAGCAGAAGCCUGGAGGCUGUCCUAUCUUCCUCUUUUUCUCGGUCAAUGCAAGUGGACAAUUUGUUGGGCUUGCUGAAAUGACUGGACCAGUUGAUUUUGAUACGAAUGUGGAGUACUGGCAGCAAGACAAGUGGACUGGCUCUUUCCCUCUCAAGUGGCAUAUUGUGAAGGAUGUUCCAAACAGUUUGCUGAAACAUAUCACCCUUGAGAACAACGAGAACAAGCCUGUAACCAACAGUAGAGAUACACAAGAGGUCAAGUUGGAGCAAGGGUUGAAGAUUGUGAAAAUUUUCAAGGAGCAUACUAGCAAGACUUGCAUUUUGGAUGACUUUUCCUUCUACGAGGUUAGGCAGAAGACUAUCUUGGAGAAGAAAGCCAAGCAGCAGCAGACUCAGAAACAGGUAAGUGAGGAGAAGACUGCAACGGUUGAUAAAAAGGAAUCUUCAACUACUGAUAAAGAAUCUUCUCCAGCUGGUCAAACUACUGGUGAUGUUACCAAGGUCGAUGAGAAUGGGUCAGUUGCUAAACCAGUUGGUGUGGUGGCAAAUGGUUGCUAGAUUAGUCCAUGUAGCUCACGGCUAGCGCUUUAGAGGCAACAAGAGAGUAGAAGAUAUGAACAUUCCCGUUUUCACUUUCUCUUGAGAACAAGAAGUGCCGUGAGCUUUGAAGCAUGGGGGGAACGAGCUUUAGUACCUGAGACAGAUCCGUUUCUUUUCCCUUAGAAGUUAAAAUCUUAGUUUUUUCAAUCUCUUCAUUUUCUCAUUUUUCCCUCUCUUUACAAUUUUCAGCUUUUUUUUCUUUUUUUUUUCAAUUUCUGUUGAUCCUCCUACCCUGUAAAAAUGCUCAUAGGACCUACUAAAUAGUGGGAAGAAUUAGAGAAAAGGACAUAACAGCAGGGUGGGUGGGAUUUGUUUUCAUUUCUUUUGGAUUUUAGGCAGAUUUUGGUUCUUCUGUUUCUUGUUUUGGUUCAGACUUGACUCUCUUUCAGUGUUUUUAGUGUCUCAGACUUGAUGGCCUUGGCCUCUUUUCACCUUUCUUGCUUUGGAAGUUAAUUGAA